CUGCAGAGGAAAAAAAAAAGAAAGGAAGCGCAGCUUUCCAUUCAACCAUCUUUGUUCGUUGGAAAUAGUUUAUUGUCUAUUUCGUUUUUAUAUCAUAAAUUAUCGCCAUGUCUACACCGACCAGAAGAAGACUCAUGCGAGACUUUAAGAGACUUCAAAGCGAUCCACCAGGAGGUGUAUCAGGUUCUCCCUGCUCUGAUAACAUCAUGCUGUGGAACGCUGUAAUUUUCGGUCCUGCGGAUACUCCUUUUGAAGACGGUACCUUCAAAUUAGUACUUCAAUUUGAAGAAACUUAUCCGAACAAACCACCGCAAGUUAAAUUCGUCUCCAAGAUGUUCCAUCCCAAUGUCUAUGCCAAUGGCGAACUUUGUCUCGAUAUCCUUCAGAAUCGUUGGAGUCCAACCUACGAUGUUGCUGCUAUCCUCACCAGUAUCCAAUCUCUUUUGCACGAUCCCAACCCGAAUUCACCUGCCAAUGCCGAAGCCGCCAACCUUUAUCGAGAAAAUAAAAAGGAGUAUGUACGAAGAGUUCGUGAAAUUGUAGAAACAUCCUGGGAAUAAAUACACCUAUCUUUUUCUCUUUGCUGUAUAUGAUUAUCGGAAUCCGUCGACUCGCAACUUGAAGAUAUUGAACAUAUUGGACACCUACCAUUCAUGCAGAUGAAUCAUGACAGAA